AUGCCGCAAGAAAUUGCUGAUGCUGUAAUGACCACUGUCUGCACAUCUGACCGCGAUGUUACAACGUUGGUUAUGGAAUCCGUUAACCGGUCUGCUUUCUCGUCCGACGUCGACAACGUCUGUAAACGACAGCGUAUGAUGAAGAAAGGAUAUGCAGACUAUGGCAGUCAUCUACGUCUGACUCUUCUUCGAUUUGGGCACUAA